CAGUUUUCAAGAAAAGCAGGCCUAAACAGACGGCGAUUUUCACCGACUUCGCGAAUAUCCGCCCCCACCUAUAUUCUUUCCGUCGCAAGUCCGUAUCCAUAGCUGCUCGACAUUUAACUCCCCCCGGCGCGUGCGUUCCCACUUCGUUUUCUUAUCUCAAAAGGAUUCUUGAGCCUCGCGCGCCUCCACAAUCUUUCUUUGGGCUCUCGGAGUUACCGAAAUCUUUUCGGGUAUAGAGAUAAAGCAAGCAACAUAUUUGUAGGAGUAGACGGUACCUUUUGGGUAUUGACAUGCGAAUGGCAACGUAUGAUUUAGAUCCUGAUGUCACUCGGUGGGGUCUCCAUCUACUAGAUGUUUGCACUCUUACAAAUAAUGGUUGCUGUAAUGCCAUUACUCGAUAUGACCAAGAUUUGAGUCAAGUUGAGUAUGUCAACGAAGGUUACUGUGAGAACGCUUAUGUGGAGAAUGAUGAGGCUGUAGCACGUGCUCUUCAAGAAGAAUUUACGCGAAUCGAUUCUUUAGAAGCUUCUGGAUUAUCUAAUGUUGGGGAAGAGAAUAUUCAAUCAUCCGUUCUUGCACAGGACUGGCUUGGCCCUUCAAAAAGACACUACAGUACUGGGAAUGACAAUGAUAAGAAAGGCACAAGUAAUCCUGGCAGAAAUAUGGAGGAGGCUGAUGAUUGUAGCAAAAUGGAGAAUUAUGUGGUGGCUGAAAUUGGAAAUUUCCAUCCAUGCUUUAGCCCAGGAGAAAAAUCAUCAUAUGUGGAAGACUUUUCAAAUACAUUGGACAUAACAGAUGAGUCUGUACUUGAUGGUGAAGUAGGCAAAAGAUUGAAUCAGAUGGUUCCUGUUCCUCAUGUUCCUAAAACUAAUGAGAAAAUACCCUCGGCUGAUGAAGAAAUAACAGAUCAUCAAAGGCUGCUAGAGAGACUGCAGUUAUAUGAUCUGGUUGAGCUUAAGGUUCAAGGCGACGGUAACUGUCAGUUUCGUGCUUUAUCCGAUCAACUCUAUCGUUCUCAUGAGCACCACGCUGUUGUAAGAGAACAGAUUAUCCGACAGCUGAAGUCUCAGCCGGAAAAGUAUGAGGGUUAUGUACCCAUGGCUUACAAUGACUAUUUGAAGAAAAUGAGCAAGAAUGGCGAAUGGGGUGAUCAUGUGACAUUGCAGGCUGCUGCAGAUUGGUAUGGUGUCAAGAUGUUUGUGCUAACUUCAUUCAAGGACACAUGUUACAUUGAGAUCCUCCCACAUAACCAGAAGUCCAAACGAAUUAUUUUCCUGAGCUUUUGGGCUGAGGUGCAUUACAAUUCAAUUUAUCCAGAAGGAGAUCUGCCUGCAUCGGACACAAGGAAAAAGAAGAAAUGGUGGAAUCUUGGAAGCUUGAUGGGCACAUGAUGGUUGCAGUGAUUUGACAUUCUAACUCUUUUGCCGGUUGAGAAGCUUUAGUUAUGGUGGAUCGGAAUGGGUUCUUCUUGGGUGACUGCUGAUUCUUUUGUACAUACUGUUAUAUUCUUUGAUUUUAAAGCUCCUUUUCGGUCAUCAUGUAAAUAUAUAAAAUAGAAGGGAAGUAGUUAGAGAGAGAGAGACCAGAUUCAUUAUUCAAAGUGGUAAAAGAAAGUUGAGCACUACAAGCACAACCAAAAAAAAAAAAAAAAGGCCUUUCCCAUUAUUGCCCAGCAUCAUCAUCAUCAUCGAUGUUGACUGAAUAGUAUAAAUGAAUGGACAGGAUUGCAGCAUA